AUGUUGUCUCGCAAAGUAUUGCUAUUCAGCAGUCUAACUCUGGUCAUUUUUAUCGCUUCGGUUACACAUGCUCAAGAAGAAGGUGAACCACCGGAAGCAGACGAAUUUGCACCACUGAACAGGGAAGGAACUCGAAGACCUCGACGAACAUCGUCUUCUACUGCACACACCCGAGUAACAACUGCAUCGAAGCCAACAAAAACAACAACUAAUUAUUACCCACACAAACCAUACGAUCCAAAAGAGGAUAAAUACUACAGAAAACCCAACAACUACGACGAUGAUCGUUAUGGUGGUGGACGGUAUGGAGAUGAUGAUGAUAAUGAUGAUCGCUAUGGUGGACGUUAUGGAAAUGGUCACAGAAGAAUUGGAUAUGAUGGCGUUGAUCCUCGCGAAUAUGGACAAGAUACGGCCGAUUUCGGACCUGUUUAUAGUGACAACGACUCAAUGUAUGCUUCGAUGAACAUUUGGAUUCGUUCUGCUGAUGAUUGGGAACAAACUGGCCGACCAUCAUAUCGUAAGAAGUACCGUGGAAAGAAAUACAACAAGGGCAAGGAUUAUAAGAACAAGAAUUAUAAAGACAAUGAUUAUAAAGACAACGAUUACAAAGACAACGAUUACAAAGGCAAUGAUUACAAAGAUAAUGAUUACAAAGAUAAUUACGACAACGAUGAUGAUGGCUAUAAGAAGAAUUAUCGCAAGAAACGUUCGUAUUCUCGUGUCAAGUUUCCUGUUCGCCACUUCAAAGAUAUUCGAAAAUUUCCUCUCAGAAACUUUCCACCACUCAUCUCCGUCUUUCCAUGGCUUCCAGUUUUCUAUGACAAGAUCACCUAUCAAACAUUCAUCUUUUCACCAACUGGUGGUAUCUACAUCUUACCACCAUUGAUCAACUUCUACGGUAAGCGAUUUGCUGUUGCUCAACUGAUCAAAUGGGGUUAUGCAUCAUUGGUGAGCUCGGGUGCGCCACCUCCACCGAAUGUGAAUGUUGCACCACUUGUUCAACCUGCAGCAGCUCCUGUUCCAGCCGCCAGUCCUAAUGUACCACCACCUAGCAAUAACCAACCACCGCCAGACAAUGGUCCAAGUUAUGAUACGAAAAAGAAUCGAUUCGUUGGUGGUGUUCAAACUGAUUUUCCAGAUUUCAAACCGCGAUACAGUCAAACAGUUGGAGAGAAGGAUUAUGGAUAUGGAAAUAAUCGUCCUGUAAAUCGAAAUUCAUAUGGAUCAGAUCCAACUUAUGGUGGAACAGGCCGACAGGAAGUAUAUCCACAAGGCGGUCCACAAAGUGGCGGCGGAUCUAAUUAG